CCAAAAACUUAUGUCUCCCUUGGCCUGGGGGUGGAGUGUAAGGUAAAUGGAUGUGCUUUGGUCAAGAACAGGGCGAGGCAGAUAUCCAGCCCAGCAUGACUCAGCAAGUUUGGAACGAAGGCGCACCACUCCACUCGUUAUGUAACCUGUUUGUGUAAGCUCAUAUUUGGCUCGGAGCCACUAUUGUCUGUAAAAGGUAUAACUGCCCUGCUGACGCUGUACAUAGGGCUUGUGUCCAGAGAGAGAGAAAUUGCUGACCAUGGAAGGGAGAACUGGCUGCCUUGCAGACAGACGAGGGUGAGCCAGGAACUAACAAGCUUGCCAGGGAAUACAGCUGUUGAGUGUGGGAGCGGCAGGAGGCCCAUAGCCGGUUGCCGAGAAGGGCUGCAGCCUCAGAGGAGGCAGCUGAGACAGACGCAGACAAUGUGAGAGAGCUGCAGCUGCUGCUGCUGAAGAAAAUCACAUUUCACCUGCCUACAGCUCCCUGUGUGUUCUUUCUGUUAUCUGCCACCCAUCCACCAGCUCUCCUUGGACCUCAGCAUGGGCUGGAACCUGACAAAUGGUACGACAGUGGUGUCUUCUCCUAAGGAAGAUUAAAUCAGAAAAUUUUAAAUCACAGUUACCCUUUCACCUCAAGCCAGAGUAAGCCUUUUAAAUUAAUCUCAGGAAUGGCUUCAACAGAGGAACAGUACGGACUGAAGAUUGUGAAGGUGGAAGAAGACCCUUUCUGGGACCAAGAAACCUACCUUCGAGUGAACAACUUUUCUGGCCAAGAAGCCUCUCGACAACUUUUUAGGCAGUUUUGUUAUCAAGAGACUCUUGGUCCCCGAGAAGCUCUGAGCCAGCUCCGAGAACUCUGUCAUCAGUGGCUAAGGCCAGAAAUCCACACCAAAGAGCAAAUCUUGGAGCUGCUGGUGCUAGAGCAGUUCCUGACCAUCCUGCCUGAGGAACUCCAGGCCUGGGUACAGAAGCACCAUCCGCAGAGUGGGGAGGAGGCUGUGGCUGUAGUUGAAGAUUUGGAACAAGAGCUUAGUGAGCCAGGGAACCAGGAUCCAGAUCAUGAAGGUGGACAUUCAGAGGAUGUGGAACAUCCGAAGAUCAAGCAGGAACCAGCAGACAUCCAGGUUCAGCCUAUGGUGACACAGCUCAAAUGUGAAUCUUUUCACCUCCACCAAUUUCGAGAACAAGAUGGUGAAAGUAUACCUGAGAACCAGAAUUUGGCAUCAAAGCAAGAAAUCUUAAAAGAAGUGGAACAUUUGAGGGAUAGCAGACUCCAAAGAGAUGUAUCUUUGGAUUCUAAGCACAGAGGAACUUGUAAACAAGACAGCAGGGCAGAAAAGCAGCAGGAACAUUCCACUGGAGAGAGACGCCACAGGUGCAAUGAAUGUGGUAAAAGCUUCACUAAGAGUUCGGUACUCAUUGAGCACCAGAGAAUCCACACUGGGGAGAAGCCAUACGAAUGUGAAGAAUGUGGGAAGGCUUUUAGCCGGAGGUCGAGCUUGAAUGAACAUCGGCGGAGCCACACUGGAGAGAAACCCUACCAAUGUAAGGAGUGUGGGAAAGCCUUCAGUGCCAGCAAUGGCCUCACUAGACACAGAAGAAUCCACACAGGGGAAAAACCAUAUGAAUGCAAAGUGUGUGGGAAGGCUUUCCUCCUCAGCUCAUGCCUUGUUCAGCAUCAGAGGAUACACACUGGAGAGAAGCGCUAUCAGUGUAAUCAGUGUGGCAAAGCCUUCAUUCAGAAUGCAGGGCUUUUCCAGCAUCUCCGAGUCCACACUGGUGAGAAACCAUAUCAGUGCAGUCAGUGCAGUAAAAUCUUUAGUAAGAAGGCACUUCUUAUGAAACAUCAGAGAAUCCACACUGGAGAGAGACCAUGAGUGUGAUGAGUGUGGGAAAGCCUUCAGUCAUCAUUGCAACCUUAUUAGGCAUUUUAGAAUCCAUACUGUUCCAGCAGAACUGGACUAAUUCUGUGAACCCUCAGACCCCUAAAUGGGACCAUCUUGGAAAGAAGAGUUUCAGAUGGCUUAUUCUGUUCUUGUAAGAUUUAUUUUUGCUUUGCAGUGAAUCACUUGUCUACAAACCAGGUGCUGGUGUCUCCACUGUGGAUGACUGACUGUAGGGGGUUGCUGGGUGGCCUUCUUAUUCCCUAUACUUUGGUUUGUUUCUAAUUAUUUCUUUUAAAGGGACCAAAUCUUAUUGGAAAUAAAUUGUUAUGGAGGGCCUGUUUUUGAGUAAUACUGAAUAUUGAACAACUCUAAAAGAUCAGUAUAUUUAUAUUCUUUUUAAAAAAGAUUGGCGAAGAUCAAAGGGAAUUCAGAGGUGCAUCUUUUUCUGUAAGACUAACAUUUUAAACAAACUUAAGAUUUUUGGGUAUAAAAAUCAACCACAUUCCCAAAGGAAAUUAUUGCUAUGGUCUCUCCUAGGAAUGUGAUAGAAAUCUUCUGUAAGCAGCAUUAUCCAUGGUAUGAAACCUGUAGUUUUAAUCGUUUAGAAAUCUAUGUCUCAUUUCAUAUCUAACUCAUGUUUUUGAUAUGAAUCCUCAAAAUAUGUUGAUAUCAUAUGUUAAUAUGAGUUUGAUAUGAAUCAUCAACAUAGUAUAUCAAAAUCUCAAUGCAGGUCAUUACUGUAAGUUUUCCAUUUUUGUUACAAAUAAUAUGAUAUUUAAAAAUCUCUAUUCUUUAUAGGGUACCCCUUUAAUUCAUAGCCUUUUAUGUCAGCAUUAUUCUUAUUUUAGGGGUUGGUCAGCAACUUUGAGUGCCAUAGCAAGCAGCAUCACUGAAGUAGUUCUGUAAAGAAAAAAAGUAUGAUAUCUUGGGCAGCUUGCUACUUACUGGGGAGACCAGCAUGCUCAAACAUUUAUUGUCAGGGUUAAACAUAUGCUCUGGGACCAAGUUCAAAUCCUACCUCCCCAUUUGUGAGAUGUGGAACUGUAGGUGACUUAUCUAAAUGCCACCAUGCUGUAGUCUCCCAUCUGUAAAACAGGAUGAUACCAGUAUCAUCCUCAGUAGGUGCAUAAGAUUAAAUAGAUACAAACAUGGAAAGCACUUAAAAUGUAGCUCUUAAUAAAUGUGCAUUAUAUUUUACAUAAGAGAUAAUACCAUUUAACAAACGUAGGUAGAAUUUUAAGUAUCAUGUUAAAAUUUGGAUAUGAAAUGCCUCUGCUGACAUUCUUGUUAUUCUUUUCUCCACAGUCAAAAUCUGAAUCAGAAUAUUUCAAAAGAGAGGAAAUAAAAGUUCAGCUUAAAACUAUUCUGCCCUAAA